AUGAAUCGCGUUUACGUGUUUAAAGAUAAAUCUAAUAAAAAUGGUAAAGUUAUGGUGUUGGAAAACACGUUGGAAGAGUUCAAAAGCAAAAUAUCUGCAUUGUUCGACAUUGUUGGGGAUAAUGUAAAAAUUUACUCAUCAAACGGUUGUGAAAUACACGAUUUGCGUGUCAUUCGUGAUGAUGAGAAUGUGUACUUAUUACCAAGUGUAAAACAAAACAAUGAGGACUGUGAUAACAUUGAAAAUUCCACAAAAGACCUGGAGGAAGGUAUUGAAAAUAUUAAAAGUAAAGUUGUUUCUGACUGGAUCACUUUAAAUGUUGGUGGUAAACGUUUUACUACGUCUCGUGCAACACUAUUAGCUAAAGAGCCUCUUUCAAUGUUGGCCAGAAUGUUUGCUGAUGACAAUAAUAUGUACUUAAUGAACCCCAGUGCGACUGACGAGACGGGAGCAUAUCUCAUUGAUAGAAGUCCGGAGUAUUUUGAGCCUAUUUUAAAUUACCUGAGGCAUGGCAACGUCGUUCUGGAUAAUCAUGUUAAUCCAAAGGGUGUGUUGGAAGAAGCCAUUUUUUAUGGUAUAGACUCCAUGAUACCCCAAUUGAAUCAGUUACUUGAAGAAUCCAUCUCCAGUUAUGGCAAGAACCAAGCUCUUUCUCGUAUGGAUGUAGUUCGUUCUAUAGUUAUGACCUCCAUAACAUCAGAACUGCGUUUCCAAGGUGUCAACUUAGCUGGUGCAGAUCUUAACAGACUGGAUUUGAGAAAUAUAAAUUUUAAGGUAUUACACAAAAUUGCAUAA